AUGUCCGUGCGCCACGUGGCGGACCUUCUCGCCGAAGAAAAGGACGAGGGCCGUCAUUACUACUCGUUCGAAUUCUUGCCUCCACGCACCGAAAAGGGAGAAGAAAAACUGUGGGAUCUGCACUUUCCGCGCUUUGCCAAGAUGGAACCUCUGUUUGUGGAUAUUACUUGGGGGGCUGGCGGUCAGACCAGCAGCACGACGCUCCGGAUAUCCAAGGAUUUCCAGGAGAAGUACGGUGUCCCGGUGAAUAUGCAUCUCACGUGCGCCAACAUGCAUCCAGGCCUGCUGAAGGAGACGCUUGAUUCUUGUUACAAAUGUGGAAUCCGAAAUAUCCUCGCGCUUCGCGGUGACCCUCCUAAUGGUACGGAAUGGAAGCCACGUGACGGGGAAUUAACUUGCGCACUGGACCUUGUGAAAUUCAUUCGUGCCAACUAUGGCGAUUUCUUCUGCAUCUCUGUUGCAGGAUACCCAGAGGGACACCCGAGCGCCAUUAACACGGUAGCAGGAAGGAUAACAGAGGAUGGAAUGAAGAAAGAGUUGGACUACCUCAAAGCCAAAGUGGAUGCCGGAGCCAGUCUCGUCAUCACGCAAAUUUUCUAUGAUGCUGAUCUUUUUAUUGAAUUUGUCAAGAAGUGUCGUGCCCAUGGUAUCACUGUCCCCAUACUCCCGGGCAUUCUCCCUAUUUCUACUUAUCGAAGUUUGAAGCGCAUAGUCAACCUCUGCAAGACCUACCUCCCUCCCGAGGUUGCAGCACGUGUGGAAGAGCUCAAAGAUGAUGAAGAGGGGCUAAAAAAGUAUGGCAUUUCACAGGCAGUGAAGAUGGUGUGGGCAAUCCAGUCUGCAGACAUCAACAUAAAGCAUUUUCAUUUGUAUGUCGUAAAUGCCCCCGAUUCGAUACUUGGUGUGAUGAAUGAGUUGGGUGUGUAG